CUCAAUCUUCUUUUGCAGAUGGCGGAUGUUGUGCAGAGCAACGAUGGCUUCAAAAGACCGGCAAUGCCUCUGUCUGUCAUGGGUGCUAAACGAGCUCGUGUUGAUGUUGUGCCAAGUGCGCGACCAUACGUGCAGCAGCCUUCACGUACGUCAAACUUGUUGGCACCAAUAAUGCUGCUCAGUGGUCAUAGCGGUGAAAUUUAUGCAGCAAAAUUCAGUCCCGAUGGAAAAUGCUUGGCAUCUGGUGGCUACGAUAUGUGUGUUUUUCUGUGGAAUGUCUAUGGAGAAUGCGAGAAUUUUUCGACUUUAAAAGGACACACUGGUGCUAUUAUGGAUGUUCAUUUCAGUAGUGCAUGUGUGAGGAAAUUUAAAAAUCACAAAGAUAUCGUGAACAGCUGUCAUCCAUCACGUCGUGGACCCCAGCUGGUUGCUAGCGGAUCAGACGAUUGCACUGUUCUUGUUCACGAUUUGCGAAAACGAGAUCCGGUUGCCACGUUGCAGAAUGCUUAUCAGAUUACGGCCGUAACAUUCAACGAUACUACAGAUCAGGUGAUCGGAGGAGGCAUCGACAACGAUCUUAAGCUCAUUUUUUUAGCGAAAAUUUGGGAUAUCAGGCCGUUUGCACCUGAACAGCGAUGUGUGAAAUCAUUUGGUGGACAUCAACAUAAUUUUGAAAAGAAUUUGCUGAAAUGUGCUUGGUCACCGAGUAGUCAUCGUAUCAGCUGUGGAUCGAGUGAUCGAUACGUUUAUGUAUGGGAUGUUUCGUCGCGACGAGUGCUUUACAAGUUGCCGGGCCAUCAGGGAUCCGUGAAUGCCACGGAUUUCCAUCCGAAAGAGCCGAUACGUAAGCUUUUUUCCAUUUGUUCGAGAAUUUAUUGA